AUGAUCUGGUUAUCUGAAAGACAGAAAUUUGGUGUUGGCUUCACCGCUGGAGGAUUCAUCUUCUUCCUUCUUGGUAUAAUGACUUUUUUUGACUCGGGCUUCUUGGCCCUUGGUAACAUUUUGUUCUUGAUUGGCUUGAUUUUGAUCAUAGGGCCACAGAGAACUGUGACUUUCUUUACAAGACCCACCAAAAUCAGAGGCACCUUGUGUUUUGCUUUUGGAAUAUUACUUAUCUUGAUGAAAAGAUCGUUCUUCGGCUUCAUAAUAGAAAGUUUUGGUAUCUUAGGUUUGUUUGGCGACUUUUUCGGAACCAUAGUCCAGUUCUUGAGAUCCAUUCCUUAUAUCGGUGACUUGUUGAGCCACCCUCUUGUGGCACCAACCAUAGAUAGAUUGGCCGGUGUCAACACCUUGCCUGUUUAG